CGCUUUUCAUAACAACAUGACUUAUACCGUAAUCUUUCUGUAAUAAGAAGAGUAACAUCAAAUAAAAUAUUUCCUAUAAAAAGGGGAAUAAAGAGAGAGGUAGUUAUUUGAUUCUGCACAUUCUCUCUGCAGCUUUACAGUAAAAGAGCAUAAUAGAAGAUCAUUGUAACUGAUAAGUCUCUGUAUACUUGAACAGGAAAAGCAUUUACUGUUUUUCAUUUUUUUUCUUGUAAUAGAAAAAGAAAAGAAGUUCCAUUGUGAAGAAAAAAGCUUUCAAGUAAGGGUGGUGGUGCAAAUGGCUACUCAGGUUGUAUGCACACUAAGAGAAGAUAAACAAGGAUUACGUAAGCAGUUAGGAUGCAUAAAUGGGAUUUUUCAGCUCUUUGACCGGCGUUAUCUUCUCGGGUUACAUCGCCAUGGGCGGAACCAGAAUAGGUUAAAUGCAGGUGAAGGUGAAAACGUUGUAAAGGAGUUCAAGAUUUCAUCAGAGAAAGCAAAGGAGAAAAAGCCGAAGGAGAUGAUAGAAAAGAACCGGGUGUCCGUUGAAUCAUCAAGAAACUCCUUUACUUCAUCUUGCUCAUCUACCACCUUCUCAUCGUUAGACUGUAGUAGAAGAGUUCAAACCGAAUGGCAGCUUCCCUCGGAACCCACUUCUCCAAACUUUCACAAAAAGCCAGCAGAUUGGCCCAUUCAGUCAGCUGAUAUUAGGAAUGUGGUCAAGGACUCGAUGACUAAAGAGAUCCGUGUAACAAAAGAUGAACGACCCAGCCUCGUCAUGAAACACGUUGAUUCUCCAAGGCCUUUCAUGCCACAAAAAUCCGUAAAUUCUGAUAGAAAGGACCGAAACCUUGGAAAGGUUCAAAAAGCAUCAUUAGAAGUAAAGGAAGUCAAGGAUAAAUCACGGCUCUCUUGUGAUGAAAGGAAAUCACAAUAUUCUUUGAAGUCAACCUUCAGAGUCAAAGAGCUACCACGUCUAUCAUUAGAUAGUAAGCAAAAUACCAACAGGAAUUUCAUGAAUGAGUCAAAAAGCGAGCCAGGAAGUAAUAAGAGGCCAUCAUUGGGUGUUGUGGCUCAGUUGAUGGGACUGGAGAGUUUAACAGACUCCACCCAUGAGGUUGAGACCUUGAAGAUUAAACCAAUGUUCGAUGACCAAUUAGUUCCAAAUCCAAGAUGGUCAAGAAAAAGUGAAUGUAAGCAUGCUCAUGUUUCAGUAUCUCCAAGGAUGCCCUUGGAGAUUAAACAAGCUUUGCAGCAGCAAGAAGGCUGUGACCAAAGCUCCAAUAAACCAGCACUAAAAAACACCAAAAAUUCCCCUGUGUCUGUUUAUGGUCAGAUGGAGAACAGGUUGAGUGCACUAGAGUUCAAAACAUCAGGAAAGGAUCUCAGGGCACUUAAGCAGAUACUUGAAGCAAUGCAAGUGAAAAAAAGUGUUUUAGAGAACAAAGAGCAGUGUCUGGAAAACCAGAAAACCGACCAACCACGUUUACCCGUGAUCAACCUGACUAGCUCUCCAAGGAGCACGUUCAUGAAACCAGGGAAGGUGGAAACAGAACUUAUGGUGAUCACAGGUGUUCGUAGCAUUAACCAUGUCACUAGAAACCACGUCAAAGAGUCAACGCCAAAAAAUAAAAAGGCAACUGGUAGAGCACCAAGAUGUCUUUCACCUUCAAACUCACCGGAGUAUGCAACUGAAGAGAGACCUGUCUCAAGCCCAAGGCUGCAAAGAUUAAAGAAUGGCGUCGACAAGCAUGAGCCGUCAUCUGAUUCGAGCAAAACAAAAGAGCAAUCAAAUGUGCGGCCCGCUUUACCAGCCUUGAAGACCAGAAACCCCAAAAUCAAGCCCAUAAAACAAAUGCAAAACAAUCAACAAUACUCUAGGUAUAUUAAUGACGGUGAUCCAGUUCCCUACAAAUUAGAGAGCAAUAUUAAAUUGACUUCUCAAAUAAAACUGGAAGUCACAAGAACUGAUCAACCAAAGGAAAAUCAUAAGAUUAUCUUUGCUGGAGAAUUGAUAGAAGACAAGCCAAAGGUUGAACUCACCAAACUUACUGUGGAACAACCAAGUCCUGUCUCAGUUCUUGAUGCAUUUUACAUAGAAGACGCACCAUCUCCAAUAAAGAAGAAAUCCAGUGCUUUCAAUGAUUAUGAGAUUUUACACAAUGAUGAAAGGAAAGGAAAUCAUGUGGGAAUCGAUAUGUUGUUGAAAAGUACAGAUACAGAUCAGUACUCUGAGUUCAAUCAUAAAUUACAAGAAAACAGAAAUCAUCUCAUUCAUAAGAUUGAAUUAUUGAAUCCCAUCAAUGAAACUAUAGCAUCUCCAUGCAAAAGCACAAACAGUGACCACAGAUACAUCAGCGAGAUACUAUUAACCUCUGGUAUUCUAAAAGAUCCCGAAUCUGCCAUCAGAAUAGUCCAGCUUAAUCCAACAAACAGUUUGAUAAAACCUGAGUUGUUCCAUAUUCUGGAGAAACCAAAUGACGAACGCCAUAAUAGUAGCCCAAGAUCCAGAAUCAGUGACAUAAUGGAAAGAAAACUGAUAUUUGAUUGUGUGAAUGAUAUCCUCGUUCAUAAAUUAGUAGCAUCAGGUACCCAUGGGCUGUGGACUGGAAGAAGAUGUGGGCAACUUGCGAAUGGAGAAAAGCUACUGAAAGAGCUAUGGUCAGAAAUUGAUGACCUCCAAAGUAACUUGGAGAGAUGCCUAUAUGAUGAGGACGAUGAAGUCAAAGACCUUGUAAGUGCAGACGUGAAUAAAAAUUCAGAUGAUUGGGACAAGUUCCAUUAUGAGGUUCCAGGUCUAGUUUUAGACAUUGAGCGUCUAAUUUUCAAAGAUUUGAUUGAUGAAGUUGUGAAUGCUGAGGUUACAAGUCCACAAUAUCGGCCAAGGAGACAUCGUAGGCGAUUGUUUUCCAUGUAGAACAUUGAAUAGUGAAAGCAUGUAUCCACCUAUCAACUACUAAAUGCUAAUAAAAGUUGUAACAUUUAAUGCA